CCCCUUCCGUAGCUUUUAAGACUAACUCAGUGAAUAGCGCGCAUAGGCACCAGCAAUCUAAAAUAGUGAAUUCUAGCAACCAAACCAAAUGGAGUGAUUGGAAUUUCAUGCGGAAACAGGAUGUGACUACUCCAGCGCCGUUACUUACACAGACCGUCAAUAAAAUCUCAAAACACAAGUUAUUUUCAAAAUUUUCAAACCAUAAAAAUACUCCCGAAUAUGAACCUGUUCCAGUGAUCAACGCUUUUAACGUAGAUCCUACAGCGCCACAUAAUGUCGUCAAUAAUAACCGCAAUCCGCCACCCGUUUUUAAAUUUAAUAAUACGAUACAAAACAUCAACGUCAUUAGAACUUCUAAGCCAAAGAAAAGAGUGAUUCAAAAACGUUGUCCUUCAUUAAGACCUCGACAGAAGAAGCAAUUAAAUUUGAAUCAAACCGCAAAUAAACGGUUUUUGGAGAUCUUCGAAGUGGUAGAAUUCGAUCAUGUAGCUUGCACCUCAAGCAGUGGUCUCGAAGGGACUUGUUUACCUGAAAAUGAAUGUCAGGAAUCUGGAGGAUCUACGAUGGGGUCCUGUGCUGAUGGCUACGGAACUUGUUGCGUCACACAAUUUUCGUGUGAUGACCGUUCUGCGGCGGCUACAGGCUGGUUCACAAACCCAGGAUUCCCUUCAACCAGUACCACACGAUUGUCUUGUACGCUCGCAUUGGAUAAGACCUCAGGAGACAUUCAGCAAAUACGCUUAGAUUUCGUGAAUUUUGAGUUACUUCCACCUAAUGUAGGAACUUGUGAGCAAGAUCAAUUCGUGGUAUCUGGUCAAAACAGCAACAACAUUAUUCCUAUUUUGUGUGGGGUCAACACAGGGCAGCACAUUUACAUCGAAGUCGGCAAUGCCGAAGGACCAAUAACUCUUUCGGUGCAGACAGUUUCCUCUGAUAACAGAUUGUUUUCCAUUAAGGUAACUCAAUUAGGCCCAAGCGACGAAUUGGCACCUUCUGGAUGUCUCCAAUAUUACAAAGAAUCACAGGGAAACUUCGAAUCUUUCAACUACAGAGACAAGUCUGAUAUCGCUAUUCCAAGGUCCCCAAGUUAUUUGAACAACUUGAAUUACGCGAUGUGCCUAGAAAGAUCAUCGAGUACAUGUAGUGUGACGUACACUAACGCGGGCGUAAUGCAGAUCGUUAACUAUGAUUCUGAUGGUUUGUUAGUGAUUCCACCCGGGCAAGCAGGAGUGGAGACGUUCAAUUGCCCAACGGAUUGGCUCCUAAUUGCGGCUAUUAGGCUUUGUGGUGAUCGUUUGAACGACGGCUCUGUGCUACAAGAUUUUGCUUUAGACGCUCCUGUCACAGAUAUUUCAGCAGGCCCCAUUGUAGUAUGGUUUAGAUCAGACAGUGGAUACAUUGGACGAGGUUUUAAAAUACAAUACCAACAAAAUGAAUGUUGAGAUAUCUGAUGUUUUGAUACGGCAGUCACCACACUUGUCAAUACGGAAUCACAUUAAGCUGGUUAGAAAAAGCUUUAUGUCGAUGUCGUAAGACCGAAAAUGAUGUGCGUUUAGCGUCUGAGGUUUGAAACGCGACCGGCUCAAACUGACUCCGUGUUAAUUAGGACAGAGACUCCUCAAUGUAUACCUUAAAUUAGAAUGCAUUUGAUUGCUGUUGCUUUCUAAAUAAAACGUUGGUCCCUUAAAAAAAAUAGCAUUUUAUUAUAUGUUUGUUAAAAAGUAA